UUGUUUGAAAUCCAUGUUUGCUGCUGGCGCUUGAUCGGCGACAGUAUGUAAUUAAAUGGCUUGCCGCGUACUCUCCUGUAGUUUCUUCUGUGAAAGUCGUCGAAGACUUGGGCGAAUUCCACCUCCCUAACACCCAAUUUGAUGAGCUUCUCCGUCCGAGCUUUAUCCUGGACAUACUUUUUCUUCGCCGAAGUGUUAUUUUAGUCUGAUAUGUUUUACAUUCACGCGGAUUUACAGUUUCGUAAACCAUUGUUGUCAUUGUCCCGAUUCUGUAAACUGUGCAGCAGUUGCUUGCAGCGUUAGCUGAGCUGAGCCCGCGCCCGAGUUGAAGAGUGGAGUGGAGGCUGAGCAGUGGGGCAAACACUGAGAAACUUCCUAGACAGAUGUCUUGAUUCAUGGUGUGACAGAGAAAACCAUCAGGAUUCAUUUUGGGGUUGCAGAAGAACUAACAAUUUCAGACCGGAUUUGAGGUGACCAUAGUGUCAUCACCGUCGUCAAGCUGGCGUACACAAUGGGAACCAUGGCUGGGGCACCAACGAGUGCCGAUGCCUGUCUUAGUAUCGUACACAGCCUCAUGUGCCAUCGGCAGGGGGGAGAGUCGGAAUCAUUUGCAAAGAGAGCCAUCGAAAGUUUGGUGAAAAAACUGAAAGAAAAGAGAGAUGAGCUGGACAGCCUCAUCACAGCCAUUACAACAAACGGUGCACAUCCCAGCAAAUGUGUUACAAUACAAAGGACAUUGGAUGGCAGGUUACAGGUUGCUGGGAGAAAGGGUUUUCCACAUGUGAUCUAUGCCAGGAUAUGGAGAUGGCCAGACUUGCACAAAAAUGAACUAAAGCACCUGAAAUUUUGCCAGUAUGCAUUUGAUCUCAAAUGUGACAGCGUGUGUGUAAAUGCAUAUCACUAUGAGCGAAUUGUGUCACCUGGUAUUGAUCUGACUGGGCUCACAUUACAACACACAGCCGGUCCUCCACGUGUGGUUAAAGACGAGUUUGGUGGAGAAUGUAUUCAGGUGGAGCAGAACAUAUCACACCCUCCUGGCAUGAGCAAUGGAGGACUACAGAACAUCGGGCACCCCGCUGUACCCCUUGGCCCACCCCACGGUCCUCCCCAUGGACCACCACACCCAUCAUCCCAUGGUGCACCUGGGCCUUCCGCAGCCGGGCUGAAUGACUUCAACCGUAUGCUGGCACAUCAACAAGCUACCGGUCAAGUUCCUCCGCCCGUCUCCAUGCCCCCACAUUCCAUGGGUAUGCCUUCCAUUCCCUUACCAGCCCAUCAGCAGCCGCCCCCCUUCUCUGCUCCCGGUCCCUCUCAAGUCCUCUCUUCACCCCCAGCUCCUGCUCCGCCGGCCCUCUCUGCUCCCCCUCCGGCCCAGCCUCCUCCUGUCAUGCACACCAGUCAUCCAUCUGUUGUUCCACAAGGUGCUCCUCUGGCUCCAGGUCCUAGUUCAUCCGGUGGUCCAGGUCCGUCAGGAGGUCCCCCGCCUCCAUCUCAACAAGCCCCCAGUCAAGGAGGACCACCAUCAGCACCUCCCAUGCAGCAACAGACCUCUCAGGGUCCCACAUCACCUGUACCAAACAUGACCUCUUCAUCCUUCCAAAGAAGUAAUUCAGAGUCGUGGGGAGGUGCAGGUUCCAGCGGGAGUACCCUCAACUACCGUCAAGGUGUCAAUCCUCAAGGCGUGAGCGGACAGAAUCAGUUUCAUGGUUACCAGAUGCCCAAGGACAAUGCAGUGGAACCACCCCUAUCAACUCAACCAGCUCCAGAGUAUUGGUGUUCAAUAGCCUACUUUGAGCUUGACACGCAAGUCGGUGAGAUCUUCAAGAUUCAGUCCUCGUGUCCCACAGUGAAGGUGGAUGGCUAUGUGGAUCCCUCUAGGAUGGACAGGUUUUGCUUAGGACAAUUAUCCAAUGUACAUAGAACAGAGAGCAGUGAGAAAGCAAGACUUCAUAUCGGUAAGGGUGUCCAGCUAGAGCUUAAAGGAGAAGGGGAUGUCUGGGUAAGAUGUCUAAGUGACCAUGCUGUCUUCGUUCAGAGCUACUACUUAGACAGGGAAGCCGGCAGAGCACCGGGUGAUGCUGUUCAUAAGAUAUAUCCUACAGCAUAUAUCAAGGUAUUUGAUCUGAAGCAGUGUUAUGCUCAGAUGAAAUCCCAAGCAGCCACAGCCCAGGCAGCAGCAGCAGCUCAGGCAGCGGCUGUAGCAGGACACGUUCCUGGCCCAUCAUCGGUAGGAGGAAUAGCACCUGCAGUCCGUUACUCGGCUGCAGCAGGCAUUGGAGUGGAUGACCUGAGACGUCUGUGUAUCUUACGUAUGAGCUUUGUGAAGGGAUGGGGACCGGACUACCCCCGACAGAGCAUCAAGGAGACGCCAUGUUGGAUCGAGAUUCAUCUUCAUAGAGCGCUUCAACUCCUGGAUGAGGUUCUGCACACGAUGCCCCUCAUGGAACCGCAUCCCCUUGACUGAGCCAUCUCAUUGCCUACCAUGGCAACAAGCUUUAUAUUGGACUUGUAUAGUGAGGAGGAUGAUUUACACGGGCGGUACAUAAGACUAGACGAAAAGAGGCUGGAAUUAUUUACAGUAUCACUUGUGCCAUUCACUGCAGUCGAAGGAAAGACAUGGACUCUUCAGGAGGCUAUGAAAGAAGCUUUACGAAGGAGCUCCUUUGGAAUGUCUGGAGCUGUAGCAUGUUUCAUCAGACCAUAUUAUAGUUUGGAGGUUCAGAUGAUAACAUUAUUUGACUGUGGAACCUUUUGGAACGUCGCGAGAAACACUAGGUCUGUAUUGAACCUAGUCAAUGAAACCAAAGGAGCAAUGGUGCUAUAUCUGCUGGAAGUUCAUGAGGCUCUCUGUUUGAGCUUAUGGAAGAGAUCAAACAGAAAUGCAUCUGGUCGAGCAUCAAUGAAUAGUGAAAUGCAUGAAAUUAUCUUAUUUAACUCAUUUAUCAUACCAAUCAGAUAUUAGAAGUGAGUUAUGGAGAAUGAGGGAGGAAAAAACCCCAAAACAUUUAGACUCAUUUUCAUAAACAGUGGAGAGACAAACAGAGACAGAGAGAGUGUGUGUGAGUGAGAGAGAGAGACCGAUUGGGAAAGACAGGGAGAGAGCAGUCAGGUAGAUUGUAAUUGCACAUCAAAAAAGGAGAGAGAGAGAGAGAGAGAGUGAGACAAAGAGAGGGAGAGAGAGGAGAGGGGGUGCGGUGGUAGAAAGACACACACACAGACAGACAUUAUGAGAGAGCUGGGUAUGAGAGAAAACAGAGGCAGUACAACAUUUCAUAAAUAAGAAGGCCAUAUUAAAUAAAUCUGGUUUUUGUGAGCAUAUCAUCAUACCGUGUGUCAUAUAUUGUUUGGAAAAUGAAGAAAAUAAACAAAUUGAUUGUGUGCUUUACUUAUUGAUGAUUACAGGUAUGAUAAUUUGCACAUCUCACCACCAGAGCCAAAGAUGCCAAAACCUGGCCUUGAACAAUUUUACAACGGUUAUUUCCUCUUGUGAGGUGCAAUAUAAACAUAGAGGGUUACAUUGUAACUUAAUUAGCAAUAAAUACAAUUAAGAUGAACUAAACUGGUGUGAUCAAAACUGUAAAUUCUUUCUUUUUUUCUACUCUGGUCUAGUCGUUUGGCAUGUUGAACAAAAAAAACCUAGGCCUGAAAAACAGAACCUUGCCUCCUUUCUAUCUUUGGAAGCACUCUUGUGGUCAGCUAUCAAUGAAAUGCAUCCCUGAACAUUUGUACUUAUAUGGAAAUAAUUGUGAAUAUUGUAUUAUAUGGAUAUUUUUUAGUUGCUAUCAUAUUUGUUUUUUUCUGGUCAUAUUUUGUUUCUUUUUACAGACUGUUGAAUUUUGAGUAGUACUAUUACUGAAAAUACCCUUCAAGCUUUCUGUUGAUGUAAAUACAUGUACUUUGUUUUGUCUAUGUCUUCCAUGAACAUCAUGCUAUUGAAUGAUCAGGUGAUUUCAUGGGGAGACAUCGUCUUCUGAAAAAAACUGCUUCAAAAAGUCUUGGGGGAUGUAAAUAUUAUAAAUCUCCUUCAUAAUGAGUUUUACUUGUAAAUAACCUUGUUUACAUUUAUCGUGAUUUAGCAGAAAUAUUGUAUGAACACUGUCUUCGAUCUAAAUUGGCACUUUUCUGCGAUCACUUCCGAUUUUGACAAGUGUUGAUUUAAAGAUGGCUUCCCGGUUAAUGCUGCCUAUACACUUGCAUCGUUACGAGAUGUCAGAUGUGUAUGCAAGAAUGGAAUUUUGUGUAAUGGAAUGCGAAUCUAUCAUUAUUGUAUCAACACCAUUGAAUUUACGCCAGAUUUUGAAAUGUUUAUAUAUUCCAGUUUCUACAAGGGUCAGGAUUAUGAAGGGCAUGAAUUGUUCAUAAUUCAAUGAAAACGAAAAUAUGGUAGGAAGUCAAGUAAGGAUAAUAUUGCUUGUCAUUUUUGAUUACCUAUCAAUGGCUAUCAUGUAACCUGUUUGAUAAUAUAUAUUUUUUUGACCAAUACAUGAAAGUUUGUGUUGGCUUUUUUAGAGUUUGGUAUAUUUGAGUGAUACCAGUUUGAAUCAUGUAACAUUUUCUUCAAAAAAAGUUGUGAGCAAAUAAUACAGUUAUAUUAAGUAUUUGAACAAAAUACAAUGUGCUUGUGCGUGUCUAGAACAUCAUGUAAUUUCCAUAAUUAACACUCUUAUCUGAAAUAUGUAAGAAAUUGAUUUUUUUUUCUUCAAAUGAAUAAUGAAGUAUUUCUGUUUGUGCUUUCUUAAGUGCAUCCUAUGAAUUCCUUCAGCUUUAGUGUUUGUGAAGUUCAAGAAGAGUUCUAUGUUUUAAACUAAUUAUCUGCAACUUUUUUCUUUUGUAUGAGUUAUUGAAAGAAGAAGUCACACACAAUGUGAGUGUGUUGCCUAUCUACAUUAUAUGCUGAUCAUUUGUAGAGCAAUGUUUAAAAUACAAGAACAAAUAUCAUGUAUUCAAAUAAUUUGUGUUACCGUGAGAUUUUGUUCACAAUGACUUGUUAUACUUUCCAGAUUCAACAGAAUUUGUAUGCAUGCAAAGAUUAUGGAGAAAAAAAACAAAAGGAAGAGGGAACUGUAUUGAUUUUUUAAUCAAUUUCAAGUUUAUGCAUACUGAUUUACACCCGAACCCAUUCAUUGCUAGAGGGAUAUAUAACAGCAGUGGAAUUUUCAGCAAAUUACACAAUGAAUUUGUAUUGAAGGCACUUUACUUUCGCCUCUCUUACAUGUGUAUGUUAAAAACUCAAAUAUUAAACUGAUGACGACGAUAAUGAUGAUGUAGGACACGGUUUAGUCCUUCUGAGAUCUGACUUUCAUGCACAACUCAAUCUCUUCUCUUAUAAACAUCCAUUCUCCCUCUUUUUUUUUAAUUUGUUCUAUUUAAAGGUCAAAGAAUUUUCAUUGAAACUGAAAGUGCACAAUGUAAGUGCAAGAAUGUGAAUGAUUGUCUUUUUCUUCUUCAAUUCACAGUUGCUUGUCAGCUGUAGGCAUGUUCCUUACGAUUUUCAUUGCCAUUUUCUCAUGAAGUUAAAAGGGCAUUGAACUUUUAUUGAAUCUUUUAAUUGCGAGAGAGAAUUAAAUCUGAUUAUACUUGAUCUGAUAGAAGUCUAAUCAUAAGGCAUAUUUAAUAGAUAGAAUGCAAGGCCAAAUGUUUGGACAAAACAACCCAGAAUAUAUGGAGCUUUCUAAAAAAAAAAAUGGUUGUUCUUGGGUGAAUCAUUGGGAACAGUAUUAUGAGUAGCUUGUUUAAAAGUACAUAAAAGUAAAACAUUGGUGGGGUUGUACACAAAUAUUUUGAGAAAUGUUGCCCUUUUGCAAAGUGUCGUGGAAACACAGUGUAUGUAUCCAUAUAAUAUGGGAGUUCUGUAUUCCAAUAUUAUCACUUGCCAUAAGUUAAAUACUCAUAAAGCCACAUCAGAUGAGGAAAAGAGGAGCAGGAAAUUGUAAAAUUUUCCAUAUUGCACAUAAAUAUGUACAGCCUGACCAUUUUGAUCAUGACCACAUUGUUAAGGCCAUCGUUGAUUGAUGACGUUUUCUUUUAUGUAAUGCCAUGAAUUUGUUAGGUAACUUAUUGUACACACGUAAUGUCUCACUUGUAUCAUGUAAAGUGGUGUGUAAGUGUAUCGUUUGAUCAGUGCAUAAUAAAUUCAUGAGUUGCUAUUGAAUCAUAAGAAAA